AUGAGAUUCAUAAAAUUUAAACUGAAACAAAAAAAGGUUGUCGACACUGGGACUUCCCAAGCGGUCCCCCACCUUAGUACUAACCCAGCCUUAAGGCGCUUAACUUCGGAGUUCGAAUGGGAUCCGGUGUUUUCACCUUAGUAUGGCCGACAACAAAAUUAAUAAAAUAAAUGUUAUCGACACUGGGACUUCCCAAGCGGUCCCCCACCUUAGUACUAACCCAGCCUUAAGGCGCUUAACUUCGGAGUUCGAAUGGGAUCCGGUGUUUUCACCUUAGUAUGGCCGAUAACAAAAUUAUUGAUUUCAAAAGUUUUAUUAAAUAUUAGUUUAAGCUAAUUUAAAAAUAAUAAUACAAAAAAUUAAAAAUUAAAGAUAUAAAAUAAUUUAAUUUCAAACAACAAAAAAGGUUAUCGACACUGGGACUUCCCAAGCGGUCCCCCACCUUAGUACUAACCCAGCCUUAAGGCGCUUAACUUCGGAGUUCGAAUGGGAUCCGGUGUUUUCACCUUAGUAUGGCCGAUAACAAAAUUAAUAAUUAAAAAGAAAUAAUAACAAAAAAAGGUUAUCGACACUGGGACUUCCCAAGCGGUCCCCCACCUUAGUACUAACCCAGCCUUAAGGCGCUUAACUUCGGAGUUCGAAUGGGAUCCGGUGUUUUCACCUUAGUAUGGCCGAUAACAAAAUUAUUGA